AAGUUGAAAACCCCCCAAGUUCAAAUUCCAUGCCCUUCCUUCUCAAGUUAUCAACCCUCGACAUUCCUCCAAAAUUUGCCGGAAAUCAUUUCUAUACUCAUUUCCGACGAAUCACCCAAUUCCAGAAUUUGCAAGUAAUCACCGAAAAGCCACCCUUUCCAUCAAUUCAGUGAUGCAGCGAGCCGCACGAAGCAUCCACGUCUCAGCAGAUGCACCUCGCCUCACGAGGUUUUUGCUCCAUCCACCUAAGUCGGUGGAGGUAGAAUUUGCUGAUGGACGUGCAUUUAACUUCUCAGCUGAGUUUCUUAGAGUAUACAGCCCAGCUGCAGACAGCAAGAUUCGUUCAAUUGGGGGUGAAAAGGUAAUAUUUGGUCGGCGUCAUGUAGGGAUCAUGUCUGCAGAACCUGUUGGUAAUUAUGGGGUGAGGUUGCUCUUUGAUGAUCUGCAUAAAACAGGGAUAUACACAUGGAAUUAUUUCUAUUACCUUGGCUGCCACAAAUUUUCUCACAUGAGAAAUUAUAUCAAGACAUUGAAGAAACACAGCUUAAGUCGGGAUCCCAAAAGGACAUGAUCCAAUGUGUUCUUUACCUUAUAUGCUGAGCCCUUGCUGCAACAAUUGAGAAUCGAUGCAAUGAUACUAGCCAAAUGUAUUAUGUGUAACAAAUGAUCAAUGGUAUGGGAUAUGUUGGCACAGCUGUGCAGCAAUAUUGUUGGUCGUGUGAGCCUAUAGAAGCUUUUUGUACAGAGCGACUAUGAAUUAUGAUGAAGAAGAAAAUGAAAUUAAAGUUUCUAAA